AUGAUUAACGAUACAUUAUUCAUGGCAGAAAUGGAUCCAGAUUAUGACCAAACUUCUUCUGCGAAAACAUCAGAUGAGGGGCGUUUUGUCCCCCUCACCGAUAAUGAACAACUUGAUAAUGAAUCUGAUGAAUGUAGUGAAGAUGACGAAAUGAAUGAUGCUGAUGGAUUUUCAGUUGGAGCAAUUCCAAGAACAAGGCUCGCAUUAAAUGUUGGACAGAUACAAAAUGUAUAA